GGGGAGGUCCGCUGCCGGAAGAAUGGAUGUUUACACAAUUACAGCUGCAGCAUCUAAUACUUACUCGCAUGAGGUCAUUUGGCAUGAUGCUCGUUCUUCCUGGUUUUGCCGGUCACGUACCUUCCUCUAUUACUCGGUUGUAUCCCAAUGCAUCUGUGCAUCAGACGAUAACAAAUGGUCAUACAUGGGGUCACUUCUCUCGUCCCUACUGCUGCACAUAUCUUCUUGACCCCGCUGACAGUCUAUUUCGAGAGAUUACUCAUGUUUAUAUGUCAGAGUUGAUACAAGAGUUUGGUACGGAUCACUUUUACAGUGUCGAUCUAUUCAAUGAACUCAGUCCAAAGUCUAGUGAUACCGAGUACUUACACGAUCUCAGUGCUGGUGUCUUUACUGCUAUGUCUUAUGUAGAUCCUGCAACUGUGUGGUAUGAUAUCGUUUAGGUAAUGAUGGAGUGGAAAUUUGGUUGUCAUGAUGAUCUCUGUAGGGUGAUGCAAGGUUGGCUCUUUCAGAAUGACGAGGAAUUCUGGCAACCGCCUCAAACGAAAUCGUUAUUGCUG